CGGGCUGCAGCUCACGUCGCACCGCGGCUCCCGACUCUUUUCCUCCUGCGUCCUCGAGUCUCACUUUUACGCGCAGUUUUCACGUUUUUCUCGGAGCUUUUUUUUUUUUUUUUACGCAGCGAAACUUCCCCAACCAAACGGGACAUGUGACUCCACCGACCCGCUGCUUCUUUCGGCUCUUUCCUUCAUUUUUCCCCAACACUUUUCCAACAGUUUAAACUUUGUGAAACUCGAGGCUUCUUAACGACGCUGCGGAGGAAAAAAAAAACAACAAAAAAACAAAAAAGAGCGACUUGGACCGAGAGCCGAAUCACGGGAAACAACGGCUCGAAACAACGACUCACACACAGCAGUAGCAGAAGAGAAUCGACUCCAGGACGCGGGUAGAGCGGGGGGAAUCAUGCCGCAGGUGGACAUGCUGCUUCUGAUGCUCGUUCUCGUUCUCGUGGGGGUGUGCGUGCGCGGACAGGACCCGGCCUCCAAACUCGUGUCGGACCGGUACGUGGUCUACUGGAACCGGACCAACCCCAGGUUCUAUCGCGGGGACUAUCACGUGGACGUGUGCAUAAACGACUACAUGGACAUCUUCUGCCCGCACUACCUGAGCCCCAUGGCCAACGAGCGGGCGGAGCGCUACAUCCUGUACAUGGUCAACUACGACGGGUACACGUCCUGCGACCACACGGGGAAAGGGUUCAAGCGCUGGGAGUGUAACCGGCCCCUGUCCCCCAACGGGCCCCUCAAGUUCUCUGAGAAGUUCCAGCUCUUCACCCCCUUCUCCCUGGGCUUUGAGUUCCGCCCGGGCAGAGAGUACUACUAUAUCUCUCCAAUGACCGACGAGACACGGAGACGCAGCUGCCUACGCCUCAAAGUGUUUGUGAGACACGCAGACAACUGUGUGCGCAGCUCGGGGUCAGUGCAGGAGGUGGAGAGCGACCAGAGCAACUACCUGGAGCCCCGAGACGGCACCAGUCACGAGCCGCCCGAACCGUCCCGCCAUGACUUCAACUCCGCCCACCGAGUCUCCGCCCGCUCGCUCAUCAUAAGCUCCGCCCUCUUCCUGCUGGCGGCCAUCUUGUCCUCAUAGCGCCACCUUUUUACGCCUGGGAGAAGGACUUUCCCCCCCGAACCCUUUCCCCUUUUUUUCCGGAGCACUUUUUUUAAAAACACAUGUCUCGGGGAACGCGAGGCAGAGUAAAGACUUCAACGGCGAAGCGAGGAAAAAAAUAAAAUAAAACAAACAUAAUAACUUUUUUUUGUAGCGAUGGAUGUGAACUGACCGGUCGCCAUUUUUGAGAACUUUUCGAUAUUAAACCACGCGCCACAAUCACUCAUUUUGUCCACUAAGAAGCACACUAAUAUCUUUGGAAGUUUACAGACUUUUAAUCACUCGUUUUUACGUUUUAACUCGAAGAACUUUGAAGAUUUGGGACUGCGGCGGCGGUGCGGACGAUCGGCGGACUGUACUCAGGGUCCAGGAGUCGCGGGGGGAAAAGCAGCAGCAGCAGCAGCCACUUCGUUGUACAGAAACUAAAAUGUUGUGUUGUUGUUUUUUUUAUUUAUUGUGUUGUGCCAUUUUGCGUUGUAGCCUCACACACGUAGGAAUGCAAUAAGAACGUGACCGUGUCGUGUUUCUGUCGGACUGUGCGGGAGCGGUCGACUGGUGUUAGCUCGUUUUAGCGUCGUGUCGGAGGAGUAAAGGUCAAAGUGCAGGGAUUACGUGUUUUAUACUUGUAGUAGUAUUGCAGUAUUAUCAUAGUGCAAUAUGUGAGUACGGAGAGGAGAGACGGCGAUGGGGCGGGGUUAGAAAAGAGCGGCGCAGCGGAGAAGGUCUGCGAUAUUGAGAUUAGCGAUGUUUUAAUAUGUGCACAGGCAUAAAAUAUUACCCUGGUUUAGUCCUGGUUUAGUCCUGGUUUAGUCCUGGUUUAGUCCUGGUUUAGUCCUGGUUUAGUCUCUGGUUCAGACGUGGUUUAGUACUGGAACGGUGCCUGGCUGAGUCCCAGUUGAGUCCUGGUUGAAUCCUGGCUCAGUCCCAGCUCGGUCCCGGCUCAAUACCUGAUUUAAUCCCGGCUGAGUCCCGGCUGAGUCCCGGCUGAGUCCCGGCUGAGUCCCGGCUGAGUCCCGGCUCAGUCCCGGCUCAGUCCCGGCUCAGUCCCGGCUCAGUCCCGGCUCAGUCCCGGCUCAGUCCCGGCUCAGUCCCGGCUCAGUCCCGGCUCAGUCCCGGCUCAGUCCCGGCUCAGUCCCGGCUCAGUCCCAGCUCAGUCCCGGCUCAGUCCCUGACUUAAACCUUUGUUAGACCUGGUUCAGUCCCGGCUCGGUUCUUGUUCAGUCCCAGCUUGGUCCUGGCUCGGUGCCUGACUUAAACCCGUCUUAGACCUGGUUCAGUCCCGGCUCGGUCCCAGUUGAGUCCUGGUUCAGUCCCGGCUCAGUUCCAGCUCGGUCCUUGUUUGGUCCUUGUUCGGUCCUGGCUUGGUCCCGUCUUAGUCCUGGUUCAGUCCUGGUUUAUUUUCACUGUCAAAAACUCAGCUGAAACUAAAAUAAAAACCAAGGCUAAUUUAGGAUUUAAAAUAAUUUCAUUUCUGUCAGAGGUUUCUAUCAAGAUUUAUUUAGUUUGUUGCAAAAUAUCGAUUCUCUGUCAGCCAAUAUCGCGAUACCGAGGCCUGUAUUAUAAAAUGACUUGUCUGUGAUCUAACGAUUGUUUCGUCAAAGAUGCACGAUGUAACUCUUCUGCACGUCUCCACGGUGAUAGAUACGUUUAAAGCCAUACUGCGGAAGAUUCCAGACAGAGCAUCUCCAUGGAGACGAGGUCAGGGCUGGGGUCUCAUUCCCGUGACGCCGUUAGGAUUAAACAGCCACUUCCUGAUUCACAAAAUUUCUCCUGAACGCGGCUUUAUGCUCAGACACACUUAGCCCCGCCCACGCCUCCUAUUGGUCGAUGUCGGAGUGAGUGACAGCUGGAUGAGCCAAUCACAAUGAAGCAUCAGAGGAAGAACAGGGUUGGCGGAUAUUUACCUCUUAAACGCAACUUUUACAUGAAUUUAAAUGAAAUUAUUACGAUUGUUUUUGACAUAUCGCCCUAACUCAACGCAAGAAAAGUUCCGUAGUGCACCUUUACCCGCCCCGGCCUCAUUUACAGCGGACUUUACGGUGGCCAGUCUCUGCUCCUCCCUCCCCACAGUCUCCUCACUCACGUUUAAUACAAUCACAUUAAAACGGAAUAGAUUUUUUGCCGUUUGUUUUAACAGAAGAAGCUCGUUUAUCAGGGAGAGUUUUGUGUUACUGUAACCGGACUCACUCGCGUAGUUUUGAGUAUCGUCGAGAUGAUGAAGAUGAGACGUUUUGUGGAUGUUUGACCAUGGAGUUGAAGCACUGUCAUAACACACUGUUGUACAUAAAGUUUCUACUGUUCAGGGAUGUGACCAG